CAUAAUCACCCUGUUGUAGGGUGAUAAGAUAAGAUAGAUAAGAUAACGUUUGUUACGCGACCAAGGGUCUCGUAUAUAGAAGAGGAUAGUUCACCCCUGAGUACUGUUCCCUCAUACUGCUGCAGCGCCCCUGAGAUUCGUACUGUGUAUUCAAGACCGGCCUAAGAAGAAAGCCGGGCGAAACUAGUUUUUUAUUUUGUGUUUAUAUUCUCAGUAUUCAUACCACGCGGGUUUUAGACCAGUUGGUCGUUUGAUUUCAUGGCAUCAUUUGCCAGUGUUUUUUGAUCGUUUGUGAUAUUUUGUGGAGGCUCAACCUGUUGAAUUUUCCUGCUGUUUCAAUAAAAUCCUGAGUUCGACCUUGAUUAUUCAUCAUGAAGAGAGCAGAUGAGAGUUACGACAAACCAACGCAAAAUACCACAAGGUUCUUUUUACAUAUAUAGCGCGUAGUCGCGUAACAUUCAACAGGGAUUUCCUCAAAGGGGUCGUUUAACCUUUUCUUUGAGAUAUUCUAAAGUUUUUUUUUCCUCUUAAACCUCCUUGUAUCUACCAGAUUUAUAUUCGGAAAGAUUACAAGGAGUAGUGAGGAUUUGAGGCCUGAACUUUUUUUUUACUCCUUGACCCUUUUAUGUCUGCCAGAUCAAUAUCCGGAAAGAUUAUAAAAGGUGGCGGAGGUAUCAAUAAAGUUUAUUGAGAUUGAGAUCAUUAUCUUUAGAGGGGUCGAUAAGCCUUUUCUUUUGAUAAAUUGAGAUUUGAGAUUGAAUUUUCUCCUUGAUCUUUUUAUGUUUGCCAGAUUAACAUCCGGAAAGAUUAUAAAAAGUAGCGGAGACACAAAUAAAUUCAUUGAGAUUUGAGGUCAUUAUCUUUAGAGGGGUCGGUCAACCUUUUCUUUUGAUAAAUUGAGAUUUGAGAUUGAAUUUUCUUCUUGACCCUUUUAUAUCUGCCAGAUUAACACCCGGAAAGAUUAUAAAAGGUAGCGGAGAUACAAAUAAAUUUAUUGAGAUUUGAGGUCAUUAUCUUUAGAGGGGUCGGUCAACCUUUUCUUUUGAUAAAUUGAAAUUUGAGAUUGGAUUUCUUCUUGAUCCUUUUAUAUCUGCCAGACUAAUAACCGGAAAGAUUAUAAAAGGUAGCGGAGGCAUUAAUAAAAUUCAUUGAGUUUUGGGGUCAAUAUCUUUAAGGGGGUCAGUCAGUCCUUGAAUUGAGAUUUGAAUUGUCUUCUCCUUGAUCUUUUUAUGUCUGCCAGAUUCAUACUCGGAAAGAUUAUAAAAAGUAGCGGAGGACCAAUUAAAAAGUUAAGAUAGAAACCAUUAAAUUUGGAGGAGUUGCUCAACCCUUCUCUAGGUGGUACUAGAGAUAAAGCUGAGAUUUGGAUCUAUUUCUAUCCUUGAUCUUUUUAUGUCUGCCAGAUUUAUUCCCGGAAAGAUUAUAAAAAGUAGCGGAAAUAAUAGUAGAACUCUCUUUGGGGUAGGAUAUUAAAAUUGUGAAUCGACCCGUGCGUGAGAAUGGCAGGGGUACGCCGGAGAAGGUCUACAUCAUUAGGGGAAGGGGAUCAGCUGAGUAGUACUCUAAAUUUACCUGAAUCACAUCCAACGAGUAGAUUCAACCCAGAUAGAUGCAUGUCCACACCACAGAUCAAUACUACAGGUUUCAUAGAUGAUAAUUACUGGAGUAAUAGGGGGGCACGUUUCGAACCCAGAGCUCGUACUAGAUCCAGAGGGGGGUCCAAUACCAUUGAUAAAAAAUUGAGAGACAAAUUUAUCCAAAUUAGAGAGGAGAUACUUGAAUGGGGCCAGAUUUCUAGUAAUUAUGGGCAGUCUUUAGCUGCUAUUAACGAGAAAUAUAAGGGAUUUUACAUUGAGAUUGAGCGUAGGAUUAAUGAAGCUAUGUUAGCCAGGGGGGAUUUUAAUUUGGUUGCUGAGUAUGAGAGCUUGAGGGAUAAAUUGAAUACAGUCCGCAGGGUUGCUAGACAGUUAACUGAAGCCCGAGCUCUUCCAGACCCGUACAACCUGGAUCAGGAGAUCAAUACCUACUCCCGGCCACCAUUGAUGACAAGAAGUCUCAAUCAAGAUCAUGUAUUUCAAGAUGAUCCGAUGUCAUUGGGAAGAUCAAUCUCAUCUACGCCACGUACAAGGAGAGAGGAUGUUCUAAGUUCUAAUCUAAAUGAUAAUCUGAUAGUGGCCCGUGGUCAAGAAUUUGUGAGAAUGAAUUCUGAACCCGCCAGAUCAAAGAGUCCCUGUAGCAAUGUAAACUCAAGUGAGCAGGAUCAAGGAAUGAUUGGAGCAACUAGAGACGGAGUAAGGAGGGAAGACAUAGGAGUAGUGAGUGGAUCAGGAUCCAUGGAGAUGGGCCCUGAUCCCGCUAGCCUACCGAUACCUGCCAAUCAGUCAGAUGUGGGAGGUAAUGAUCCCGGAGCACCCAGGAUCAGGAACCUUCAUGCUGGAUCAGAAUCUUGGAUGCAAUCGAUUACUUCCGUACAAAUUGCCAUGGAGGAGAGGUUGGAGGAAGUACUACAGAUCAUCCAGGGUCUCCAGGCUAGAGAACCUACGUUGAAAGGGAUCCAAGAAGAAUUAAAGUUGCUGAGGUCCAAUGUUAAUAGUAUAUCCCUGAGGAUAGAUAGAAGUGAGCAGGGACUAGACAGAUUUGAAGGUGAACUUAUCAGAUUGGAAGCUACUGUAGAGCAGAAUAUGUUGAAGGUUCAGGAUUGGUUUGUGGAGAUUUCUACUAGAACGCCGAGUUCUGAGGUACCUGAGGAACUCAUCAAUACUUUAAGGGAGGUGAUAAAUAAUAGUUCCCCUGGGAUAGUAGUUGAGGGGAUGAGAACGGAGAUGGAAGAGAUGAGAGACUCCUUGGAUCAGAACCGGUACACUGCAGAAG